CUUUUGAUGACAUCAUCACAGGUAUAUAAAGAAGAGCUCUGCAAGAGAAUGUUUGGAAGGUGGGUCUUGGGUAUUCUGUGAGCGACCUAGUUAAUGCCAUGGCAUCAGAAAACAAAGAUAUGGCUGCUUCUGACUCCAAGAACAAUGAAGAUCAGCAGAACCUGGUGAGCAGAGUGGCCUCGGUUUCCCUGAGUGCCGCUUGCGAAAUGGUCUCCACCACAUACUCUUCAAUCAAAGAGAACAUUCCGGUCUUCAAAACUUUCUGUGAUGCGGCCGAGACGGGGAUGAGGACAAUUGCUUCAGCCGCAGUCAGCGGGGUGCAGCCUCUUUUCAGCAAGCCCCAGACAGCAGUUGUGCAGGACAGCCGAGAUCUGGACAAAGUGGAAGAAAAGGAAUCAAUAGCUCAAGGACCAGAUGAUCAGGGGAGCCCAGAUAAAAAGGAGACAGCGUCAUCUACGGAGACAGUUGCAGCAGCAGCGGUUUGCCAAGCAGCUGCCGAAACAAAGGACGUGGCGCCCGGCAUGCUGGACCUGGUUAAAGAAGCUGUCCGAGGGAGUGUUGAGAUGACCACGUCUGCGCUAACCAGCGGCAUGAACACUGUGAUGGGCUCCAGCAUAGGCCAGAUGGCCUCCAGUGCCGUUGAGGCUGUGAUGGGGAAGUCUGAGGAGAUGGUGGACCACUACCUCCCAAUGUCUGAUGAGGAGCUAGCUACUCUUGCAGCUGCUCUGGAGGAGCCAGAGGCCUCUUCCAUUGAGAAGCAAAGGCAGCAGCGGAGUUACUAUGUGCGCCUGGGUUCCCUCUCCAACAAGGUGCGCCAGAGAGCCUACCAGCACACCCUGGGCAAGCUGCGCCAAACCAAGCAGAAGAUGCAGGAGACUCUGUCCCAGCUCCAGCAAGCAAUGGACUUGAUUGCAUAUGCCAGACACACGGACCAGAAAGAUCAAGAUGGGCAGGAGGAACUGCGGCAGAAGUGGUUGGAGUGGAGCAAGAACCAGUUGGGACAGAGCGAUUCCACUGGAGAGAACCCAGCAGAGCAGAUGGAAUCCCAGGCUCUAGGCAUGUCCCGCAACAUUGCCCAGCAGAUGCAGGCUGCCUGCCAGAGCCUCCUGGCCAACAUGCAGGGUCUCCCUGCGGCCCUCCAAGAAAAGGUGCAGCAAGCCUACAGCUACAUGGAGGAGUUACAGGCUGCUUUUUCCAGUGCCAAGUCAUUCCAGGAGCUUCCUAGUGGCCUUUUGACUCAGCGCCAGGAAACAAUGGGCAAAAUCUGGCAGGCUGGGGACGAGGUCCUGGAGUACGUGAUGCAGUCCACUCCCCUGAACUGGAUUGUGGGGCCCUUCUCCCCAGAAGAGGUCUCUCCUCCUGAACCUUUGGCCGAAUCCCAAGCAGCAGAAGUGCCUCCAUCUGUGAAGGAAUCGGAGGUAGAUGUCCAAAGGAUGGAAGUGCCUGGAUCCAGUGCUUUGAACGAUCAAGCCUAACCUGUAAUCUGCGGCCAAGUUGCUUCAGUUCUUCCCAGUACACAGAGCUCAGCGGUGCUCAAUGUCAUUGAGGCCUUUUUGUUGCAGAACUUGAUAACUAAAAUGUGAAGCAGUGCCGUUCUCUUAGCAGCUGGUAGGUGACAAAAACUCUCCCUCCGAAACAUGGCCCAUCCCUA